CAAAACCCAAGGAUAAUGAAACGAGACUGAAAAACAGAAUCAAAGCCCUAAGAAUCAUAAGAGUAAUAAAAACGAAUCCAAAAAUGAAAUCAAAGCCAAAAAAAAGAACGGAAAAAUGAGAAUGAGAUGGAAAACAAAAUCAAAGCCCGAAAAAUGAAACGAAACAAAAAUCCAAAAACAUUAUGGAGAAAAAAACAAAGGAAAAUGCGAUCAAAGACCAAAAAUAAAGACCCAAAAAUGAGACAAAAUGAAAGGCAAAUAAUAAAGAAAGCGGUAAGUCCAAAUAUAGAAGAAACGAAACCCAACCAAAGUCUCAACAACGUUUUUGGUUACCGAACAAUCCUUUUGAAUUUUUUUCUUUAUUUGAUAAUUCCUGAGUUUCAUGUAUUUCAGGCAUUUCAGGUCCUUUUGAUUUAUUUCUUUAGCUAACCAGCCUUUCCUUUUUGGAUCACUUAAUAGGUAGGACGCUAAACUAGAAGUUGAAAAAUCUACAAAACGAAGAAGGAAUGCAAAAAAACCAGAAAAAAAAGAGAGAAUCACUUAAUGUAAUUGUCAAA